CCUCAAACAUGUCAUACAACGCAUGGGAAGAGCGAUAUAGGUUUUGCCUCUCAUCAUGAUCGAAAGCGCCCCGAGCGAACCCGCCGAGCGCGAAGUCACGCCGCUUCCACCGACAGAUAGGGGUAGACAAGCCUGGUCCUUCGUCACCGCCGGAUUCGCCAUAGAGACGCUGCUGUGGGGAGGUCUCUUCUCAACCGGGGUCUUUCUCAAGUAUUAUGCGGCCAACGAGCCAUUCUCACGCUCGUCCGAGACCAAGAUCUCGCUCAUUGGUACCACCUCUCUGUUCAUCGGCUACGGCGCCGGCAUCCCCCUGAUCUACCUCUACAACCGCCAUCCACGCAUCAUCAAAUCGACCGUCUGGACCGGCCUCGCCGUCUAUGUCGCUUGUAUGCUCGGGGCCAGCUGGGCUCAAAGCGUGGACGCGCUGAUCGUCUUGCAAGGUGUCGGACCGGGACUGGCCGGGGCGCUUUGUGCGUUUCCCGUCAUCCGAUGGCUACCCGAGUGGUUCGAUAAACGCAAAGGAUUAGCGGCAGGCGUGAUAUUCUCCGGCGGAGGUGUCGGAGGAGCGUAUAUGCCUAUUCUCAACCAAUACCUUCUGGAUCGGAUCGGCCUCGCUUGGACGUUGAGGACGAGCGCGUUGACGACGGCGGUCCUAGGCGGCACGGCGAUCUGUUUCCUCAACCCGAGGGUUCCCAUCCCCGCGACGAGGAACGUGACGCCCGCACCGAUGCCCAACCUGAGAGGGACGUUCUGGCAUCCGGGGUUUUUCGGGUGUCUCUUGGCGACGCUCUUACAGGGUUUCGGGUUCUUCAACGUCGGGUUGUUCAUCCCUCGAUUCUCGGAUUCGCUAAGUAGUACGGCAGGAGCGGGACUCCUAUCGGCAUUCAAUGUCAGCUGUAUCAUCGCCCAGAUCUUGUGGGGAUUCUUGACCGAUAGGAUGCGUCCGGCGAUGGCGAUGGCGCUCAGUUCAGCCCUCGGCAGCUGCCUCGUCCUCACGCUUUGGGGGUUCGGAGGAUCACACGGGAUCGCUCUGCUCGUUCCCUUUGCCGUGCUCUUCGGGAUCGCAAGCGGAGGGUUCUCUUCGAUGUGGUCGCAGAGCGCAUGUUCGAUCGUCGGACACGACAAGGAACAGCAGACGAUGCUCGUUUCGGGAUUCUCAUUCGCCCGAGGUCUAGGAGCCGUCAUCGGGCCUACGAUCGGGUCCGCCUUGUACCGCGAAUCAAAUUCGACUCCCGAGCACCACCUACGCUGGGGAUCUGCUGGCUCCCCCGGACUCGUCUCGCUGGUAGCAGCUAGUAUGGCGAGUAGCGCGGCGGUUGGACUGCUCUUCGCUUCGUGCGAGUCAUCUUCCAUCACCAAGCUCGCCAAUAUCUUGCGCAGCUUCCUCUCCCCUACAAAUGCAAAUCAACCGAGGCGGCAGGAAGAGAGGUCUCUGGCCCUAUCGGAUCCUGCGUCCGCGAUCGAGUUGACCAGAAUCCCAAGUCGGGCGAUCCCUAACCUGGAAAGCGAAAUCGAUCAUAAAGUCAAAGGGUAGAAGCGCGCGGAGUGUAAUUAGGACAUCGUAUUGAGAAAUCGCAUCAUCGAAAGAAAAAUAGGUUGUUACUACCGUUGUAACUCUGCACACCGUACCGUAUAAUCUGAUCAAUUUCCAUGAUUUAUGUCGAU